UAUUUAUCAAAGCGAAUUGUACAAUGGCGCACGCGUCGCCCGGUCUGAUACCGGAAAGCCAAAGGAAUGCGUUUGAGCGCGACUUUGCAAAGUCGGUGGGCGUCCUGGAUGGGCUGGUAACCAUGUCUGGCGCCACGAAAGAAGGCGCCGUAAAAAUUGGCCAGCUCUUCCUUUUCGCGCACCACCUGACGUCCGGUUGGAUGACCGUGCACGCCAUGCUCAUGUCACGGAUUUGGCAGGCUGCUCGGCACGUGGAGAGGCUUGCAGGCGCGCGCUUCGCAUUUGUCGAGGUGCCUGCAAGUGGCUUGGGCGCCCCGGCCAACACACGGAGGGUGACGGAGGUGGACUGCGAGGAGGCUGUGGCGCGCUGGAUGAGGACCGGGAACGGCCCCUUCACGGCGAUGAAGCCGCACCAGGAGGCCGUGGACCCACAGCUGUACAUGCACAUGAGUGCAGACGAGUUCGUGCUGGUGCUGUGCGCGCUGUACUGCAGCAACAGGGGCAACAAGCCAGUUGCGUUCAAGCUCGCCACCAACCUGUUGUCCUCGGCCGCGGUGCAAACCCGCAUCCGCGAGGUGCUGGUGCCGCGGGUGGCGGCGCGCGGUGCCGGCCAGACCUGGAAGAUGUCGGCAGAGCAGCUGGAGUCGGUGUGGCUGACCGAGUGCAUGCUUGGGCUGCUGGAGGGCGUGGCGGAGGGCGCGGUGCCGGCCGGCUCUGACGCGGCCGUGCAGGCCCGUAAGGUGUUGGUGGCCGCUGGCGUGCGGAUGGAGGAGCUUCAGCCGCACUGCGGGCCGCUGGUGCUGAGCGUGUCCAUCCGGGCGGCCACGGGGGCCGGGGACACAGCCACGGUGUGCAGGCUGUCUGCGCUCAUGGCCCGCCUGGGUGACGAGGCCGGCAAUGACCUGGCCGCCGCCACCGGCCACUACGCAACCAUCAGCAACAUCCUGUCGGGCAAGGCUCUGGGCACGUCGGGCGCGGGUGGGCGCAACCCGUACCCGCUGUGCAAGCUGCGAGCCAUGCUGGCGAAGGCCAACGCGGCGGAGCGGCGGCUGGCGCGCUGGAACAUGGGCACGGUCAUAGUCGACAAUGUGUCUACGCAGAUGCUGACGACCUUGCGCGACAGCAUGGCGGAACUUGCCCACCUGCCAGACACAGCCGAAAUCCACCUGCCGUACAAGUUGGGACGGGGGGAUGCACCUGCAGCCUCUGCCCGGCCUGCCAGUGGCGCUGCGGCCACGGCCACCGCGGCUGCUGCGGCCGGAGCCCAAUCCAGUACACGUGGUGCUGCCAGUGCGACAUCGCCGGCGUCAGCCCCAGCGGCUUCUUGCUCACAAGCGGGGGGCGCGUCUGCAUCCGCGGCACCGGCGGCAGUGGGGAACAAGGCCUGCCAUGGGUGUGGAAUGGCCUUGCCCCGCUUGCAGAAGUGCAGCCGGUGCCGGCAGCGGUGGUACUGCUCAGAGGCCUGCCAGGUGAAAGACUGGCGCGCUGGCCACAAGGCGGAGUGCAAGCGGCUGGCGGCGGAGGCGGGCGCGGAGGCGGAGGCGGCAGCUAAAUGAGCUGGGCAAACGGCGGCCACAAGUUUUGGGCGUUGGGUUGUGCGGCGACCUGGAGGUGUGUGGCAGUGGCAGUGACGGAGGGGUAGUAAUGGCCGGGAUUGAAUGUUUAUUGCGAUGCCCCUAAUGUGAUAUCGGAAGGAGGGCUACGCGCGUGGCGGCGGAGGCCUGGGGGGUGAGCGGUGCAACAGAACUCAGGCAACGAUGAACGGAAUGCUGCCGGUGGCUACCGUAUCGGCUAGUCUUGCGGGUUGCGGCACGACUGCGUGCAGAAGUGUCCAAGGGUUCCCGGUGCCUUUGUACGGUAUGCGUUUCGUUUUUACAUGCCUUCGCUUCUGUGUUGCUGGAGGCUACCGGCUGUGAUACGGUACUGCGCCAUUGCGGUACAGCCAGGGCUUGUUAGAAGGCGAUCGGGUGUGCGACUAGCUGCCACAUGACAGCACAAUGCAUUGCAUGAGAGUGCAGACACGACUUAGCUCCACCUUGAACGCACAGCCACGUCAAGUCACCUUCCAGCCAGCCAGCAACUUGGUGGUGCAGUAAUUCCGGCGUUCGACCAGCCGCGCGCUCUUGCCAUCUGCUGAGGUCUCGGAAUCUGCUGCACCCUACGGGACUUCACCAACCUGCCUUAACACUGUCCCAUC